AGUAUAGAUUUUACCGGCGAAUACUUAGCACGUAUAGUUAAUGUGCUUUGAAUAAGCAGAACUGAGUGAAAUCUUAGUGUAGUCAUGAGAACUGUGGUGGUUCUGUGUGUGAUAAUAGUGUCAUCCAGUUGUUUCACUACGGACGAUGUAGAGUCACUUCGAAGAGAGAAAAGACAAGAGGCAAGCUGGAAUUGGGGCUCUGGCGGUGAUGAAACACCAUCGAUUAGGAAUUCAGAAAGUCAGAAACUAGUAGCAACUGAGCCAACAACUACAACUGAGGAGCCAAACCCAUGCCUGAAUAGGUACAAGCCUGAAGUGAAGGACUUCAACAGGCCAGGUCGAAGGCUCAGCGAAGUGAAAUGCUAUGAACAUAUCUACGACAUUAAAGUUCGCGAGGAGACAAGAAAGAGUAGUGACGCAUGUUUGGCCUACGAAAUUAAACACCCCGGACCCUACGGACCUUACUAUGCCAUUGGAGGUGUAAGUGCGAAACCAGGAGAAUUCCCUCACAUGGGCGCCAUAGGCUGGAAGGCGGCUGUAGGCACGUGGAUCUUUAAAUGCGGAGGCUCGCUCAUCAGCGACAAAUUCGUGCUGACCGCAGCGCACUGCACGAAGGCAUCCGAGCGAGACACGAGUGUUGCCGAUGUGGUGCCCAAGAUCGUCAGAUUGGGAUCUAAUAAUAUUGCUGAUGAUUAUCUCAACGACACGUUACCAACCCAGGCGAACAUCAAACGUAUAAUAGAGCAUCCUAACUACAAAGCCCCAAUGAAGUAUUACGACAUAGCUCUGAUGGAGUUGCAGAAUCCAGUGCAAUUCGACAACUACGUACAACCUGCUUGCCUUUGGAGUGGUGAGAGCAGUCCUUUGAUCGGGCAGAAGGCAACAUUGACCGGAUGGGGUGUUGUUGAAACAGUCAGCAGAACAACGGCUCCAGACCUUCAAGCGGCGGUGGUGGAUGUCUUCGAGUCAGACCUGUGUGAUAAACUGCUGAAGCCUUCCUGCAACCGGCACUGGUGCGGGAUGCAGGAUCACCAGCUCUGCGCGGGGAAACUGGCGGGCGGUGUUGAUGCUUGCCAGGGUGACUCAGGAGGACCUCUCCAGAUAAAGAUCCCACUCCCCCCCACCACCACCGGGCGGAUGUAUUAUAUCGUGGGCGUGACGUCAUUCGGCAUCGGCUGCGCGCUGCCCAACCUACCAGGCAUCUACACCCGCGUGUCCAGCUUCAUCGACUGGGUCGAAGAUAUUGUUUGGAAAUAAAUUAUUAUAAGAUG